UUACUAAAAUGCAAAAUUACGAAGCAUCAUAAAAAAACAUCCAAUAGCCAAACCGCGCAUAACCAACCUCGUUCAAGGGGAGGUGCUUUCGUCUUUCUCCGCUGUUGCACUCUCACUUUGAUGAUAGAGUUCCUCGCGAAGGCAAACUUACACGCAGUGAAUAGCUCGGAGCCGCAAUAAUAUUGCUAAGGUCGGUAAAUUUGAAACAUUUGGAGAGUUGGUCUGUGCUUUUGAUUGGUGAUCUCGUCAUCUUCGCGCUAAACAUACCAAUUUCCGUUCGAAACCCACGACGAUGCAACAUGGGGCACAAUUUGAGGAUCUAUCUGGAUAACUAUUGCCAUAGCUAACAGAAGCUUCCAAACUUUGUAGAGAAGCAUCAUCAUCGGAGGAAGUCAAAAGUAUAAGUUGCAGUUCCCAUUGCGUCGUCCAGCUGCUCGUUUGUUGGUUUCGAAUUGAAGUUUGUUUUAAAUUUGCCAUUGAGCUAUCACAAAGGGGAGAAGCCUUGCGAGACAGAAAUAACAACAGUGAAGAAAAGCACUUUGCUUGAGGAGGAAAAGGAGGAAAAAAAUCGCGGAAAAAAAAGUUAAAGAAAACAGAAGAAGUGCAUAAAUCACUUCGGAAUGAAGUAACAGAGUGAGGCCACUAAUUGUUGCAAUUGAUGGAAACCAUCCGGCCGCAUCGGGUGCCCUACGAGAGAGUGACCGCGGCGUCGUCAUUGUCGUCGUAUCUUAUCUAUACACGCGCCGUUUCCAUUUAGUCCAUCGGUUAAAAAAUAAGUCGUGCGGAGUGUUUUGGAGUGUUUUUAGCUUUUUUUUUGUGUGCGUGUGAAUGGCGAUUUCAAUUUAUGGGUUUCCAAGUUAUGUUUGCUUUAUUUCCCAUCUGUAUACAUCUCGUCCCAACAAUCCAAACCAUAAUGGUCUAUUAGCCAAAGCUCCAGUCAAGUGUGAAUAGCGAGUGAAUUUUAAUUUGAAGAAAUACAUAACUUUUAGAAAACUAGGUUCAAGCCGAUUAUUGCACACCACUGAACCGAAGCGCGCCAAACCACGUCAACUGCAGCAACGGCAGGGCCGCAGCUUUCACGUAUUCGCUGUAAUCGUCACACAUACAACAGACAGGACAACACAUUGGCUACCCAUCAGGGACAAAUCUGCUAGGCUUCGCGGCUGUCGCAAGAUUUUAACAGUAACGGAGACGCUAUGAAAAAAAUUCGACGAUGGCAGCUGGUGUUUGCGGUCAUAAUAGCUCUAAUGGUACGGGUGGACGGCUUAAAGGCGACCUCGUUGAUUUUUGGUCGCGGACCAGCCACUACGAGCACCACAACUACCAGCACAACGCCAGCGGCCGCAUCGAGCACCACUGCCACUACCACCACCACUACCGAGGAGGCAUCAGAAGAGGAAGAGUCUGACGAUCAAGGUGAAGUACCGGCCACCAAGGCGCCACUUACCGGCAUUCCCCAGGUGGACUAUGUUUGGGAUCCGAACCUGCCGCGGGAGCUUGGAGGAUACAACUUGUCCACUUACCCUUUUCUGGACUCGGUCCCAGCGGAAGAGGACAUAGGAUUUACCUGCGAUCCCAAACUGCACGACGGAUUUUAUGCCUCUAUUAAAUUCAACUGCCAGCUGUACCACCACUGCAUCAAUGGAAUGCGAUAUGACUUCCUGUGUGCCAACUAUACAGCAUUUGAUCAGAAGACCUUCAUCUGCCAUUUUGCUUCCGAAGUGGAUUGCAAAAACUCUCCAAAAUAUUGGUUCAGAAACGAGCCAUUGUACAAAGCAACUACAACAACCACGCAGAAACCGGCACCAACAGUGCCAACAACGCCCUCGCCUACAACAGCCCCCAGCAGACUGAAGCCAUUGCGCAAACCAGUGCGACGACGACGUCCUCAAGUCGAUUACUACUACGACGACGAAGAAUAUGAGGAUGAGUAUUAUGAGGAACGUCCACGCCGUAGGAAAAAUCGCCCCCGAAAUCGGCGUCCAACAUACGACGAUGAGUACGAUGAAGAUGAACGGUUCGAUCGACGUCCUGCCGAUCGCUACCGGGAGCGUGAACGGGAUCAUGUUGCAGAGGAAGACGACUACGACGAUCGUCGUCCGUAUCGGCCGAAAAACAGGAAUCGCAACAACGAUCGGAAAAACGAAGAAGACGAUCGUAGCUAUGGAUAUGAAGAACGCCGAAGAGAUCGCGAUCGAAGGCCAAUAGAAGAUGAUAGACGCAGGCCACUGGAAGAUGAUCGCCGAGGCGCAUUGGAAGAAGAGAAACGAUCGUCGCUAAGCGAGCGUCGCAGGAGACCGCUCCCGUCUGAUGAUCGACGAGCCCCUGCUGACGAACGCCGGUACCCAGAGCGUAGGCCACUUGCUGACGAUCACAGACCACUGAACGAAGAUCGAAGAUCUUUUUCUGAAGAUGACAGAAGAAAAUUUCCAGAGGAAAGAAAUGGUGGCAGAAGACCUUACAACGAUGACCGCCGUUUCGAAUACGAAAGCGAAGAUGAAGACUAUAGCCCACGAAGACCGGAAAAGAAACCAAAACUUCCGAGUGAUGUGGUUACUGUCAGACCAUCGGGAUCGACAAUAUACGAUCGACCACGAACUGCGCCGCGAAUAAAUCGACCGGUUCCUUUAAAUGAAAAAAGUAAAUACUCCUACGCUAAUCCCGAACCACCAAAAAAGAAAUCUACUACAAGUCAAGCUCCUACCGAUGAACCAGAGCCUGAGUAUUAUGAUGAAUACGAAGACGAACCGAAAAAAUCAGAACCAGUCGUAGAUAAGCGUAAAGUAACGGAGGCAGGUAAUAAAGGAUCUCAAACAUACAAGGAAGACAAACGACAAAGUGCAUCCUCAGAUGUCGUAUACUAUGACGACGUAAUUGUACCAAAAGAUUCAAUUCCACAAAAGACAAUUCCGGGAAACGUAAAAAAGCCAGAAGGCGUUGAGCGUGUAAAUAGUCGAGAUAAUUCAGAGCUAGCGAGUCGCUACAAUGAUAAAGUACGCACACCUCAACGAAUCAUAAAACCCGAACAGUUAGAAGGUUCACAGCGUAAUUCCAAGCCAGAAUAUGUAGACGACGAACCACCGGAGCGAUCAAAGUCUAGAAGUCAGAGUACUACUAAACAGCCAAGCAAUAUUUUCAACAAUUUUAAAAACAAAAAACAACAAACUCCACUUGAUAGUCGAAAGCCGGCACAAAUUCAAUACAAUCGAGAUUACGAAACAACAAGCAAAGCCACUGAAUCAUCGAGACCACUCCUUCGCGCCUCGAAGCGGCCAUUUCUACCGAGUCGUGGGGGCAACCCUUAUGCAGCUCGGGGUCUACAACCGGUAGGCGUAGCCAAGCAACCACCGAACCAACAGCCAUCCCGAUCUUCCGUUACUAGCAAUGACUCCGACCGACCAGCACCCUUUCGCAUAGACGUCGAUAGUUCUCCACCUAGCACAAUACAAUUGGACUCGCGAACGACCAGCACAAGCCGACCCACCGAGGAACGCGUCAAAACCCUGGAUCAACUCUACGAUGAAGAGUUUGACGUCACGUUAAACGAUGCCUUGAAUCCGACACUGAAACCUUUGACGCGAAGUGCGCCCCAAAAUUUCUUCCGCAAUCGAUACGUCCACCAGAGCUCGAAUUCAGAUUUCGUACCGUUCGAGCCCAGUUAUGCUCCGUCCGAAUUUCGAAGGGCAACCAUAAGAGCGCCUGUAGCGAUGCUUCCGCAUCAUCAUCAUCAUCAUCCAACCGUUUACGUGAGCCAGGUACGAGGCCAUUCACUGCAACGGUAUCCGUAUGAGUACGAAUACUAAACGCUAAACAAGGGGAAUUCUCGUAGAACCGAACGGUUAAAACGAGGGUGAACUCUAAAUUUAUUUAGAUCCAUGAGCCUUAUGUGAGAGGAAGAACAAAGAAAAUUAUUUAUUACUCGAUCCAGCAUCGCCGGCAUGCCGGUGUGGUAUGAUAGAGUGUUCAAAAGAAAGUCCUAUAGUCUAAAAAAUGAGUAAGUCUUCGCAAGAGCAGGGGACAAAAGGAAUAAAGCUGCUCCGGUAAACAUUAAUACAAACCUAUGGAGAAUGAAGGGAGAAAUUGAAAUCUUUAAAAAAACUUAUUUGUACAUAUGAUUCUGCUGUAGCCUUAAAGAUAAAUACUCAAUAAAGGUGAUAUCGACGAAAUGCAACCUUUGCUAAACCUUGAAUGGCAAGCCUAUACUAGACGUGACGACGAACAAAACACAGAUAACAACCGCAAUAUCAAUUUAGUUUGUAGAUUAAUAGAUGCAAUAUUUGACAAUCAUACGAACACCAGCAAUGAAGAGAAUAAUAAGAUACGACAGCAUUAGAUAGAACAAGAUUCGAAACAGUGUAAAUGGAGAAAGUAAAAAAUAAAGAAAAUUUAAUUUUCA